AACAAUAUGGCAGCGGCGCCUAUUGGUGGCGGCGCGCUCUGAGCGGCGGCGGCGGCCGCGGGCGCCCGGCGGUGGGAGCAGCUCCCUUGGGCGGGCGGCGGCGAUCGCCCGGUAUCGAGCCCAGCCGCGGCAGGGGAGCGUGCCAGUACCUGACGGCGAGGCUUGACGUGGGGUGCAGCUCUCUAACCCCUGAUUGCUGGAGCCUGGGUCUCUGUAGAGGCUUCUCGUGUUUGUCUCAGAGCCGCCGUGUGACUUGUCUCCAGACCCUUCUGCUAAGGAGAAGCCAAGUGGAGGAAUCAUGAAGGCCGAAAUCUGUUGAUGGGACUACACAGAGAAAAACUUAGACCCUCUGCUUUCAAGGUAUCUCUCUGCCGAUAAUAUUGUCAAACUGUCUCUUUCCGGAGCUACUGUAUUUACCUAGAAGCUGUUAGACCUUUGAAAAAUAAGAGAUCUUGCCAAGAAGCUACGUGGGACAACAAAUGUUUCCCUACCUUCCUACUUGCUUCCGUAACGCCCUCAUGUUUUUGGCAUAUAGUCAUAGACUCUGACGUGAGAGUAAUGGAGUCGCUGAGUGGCAGGUGCUGACAGCUUCUGCAGUCCCAGUAACUGUUCAUUUUGGUAUCAUUUGCAAUUCUAUACCUCUAAAUGCCACAGCUCUCUUGGGGAAGGUUGCGCUGGAUACCAGUACUGCCUCGGAAGACUGUGACGCCAUGGGAAACGCGGAGAGCCAGAGCGUGGAGCACGCCUUCUACGGAGACAAGCACACCAGCCUGGGCCGCAAGCACACUUCCCGCUCGCUUCGCCUCUCCAACAAAGCCUCCCGCCGGACGCGACAUGCUUCUUCUGGAAAAAUUAUCCACCGUAACUCAGAAGUGAGCACCCGCUCCAGCAGCACCCCCAGCAUCCCCCAGUCCCUGGCAGAGAACGGCCUGGAGCCCUUCGCCCAGGAGGCCAACCUAGAGGACUUUGGAAGCCCCAUCUGGGUGGACCGCAUGGACAUGGGCCUGCGGCCCGUUUCCUACCACACUGACUCCUCCGUCACCCCCAGCGUGGAUAGCAGCACCGUCCUCACCGCCGCCUCCGUCCAGAGCAUGCCCGACUCGGAGGAGAGCAGGCUCUACGGGGACGAGCCGCCAUUCCUGGCGGAAGGCGACGGGAGGUCACAUCGAUACGCAGCUAACGGGACAAACUUCAUGGAGACGGCCAGCUUCAAGAAGAAGCGCUCCAAAUCGGCCGACAUCUGGCGCGAGGACAGCCUGGAGUUUUCACUUUCUGACCUCAGCCAGGAGCAUUUAACGAGCAACGAGGAAAUCCUGGGCUUGGCUGAGGAGAAGGAUGCUGAGGCUACCCGGGGGACAGAGGCUGGUGGCAGCCCCCAGCCGAUGGUCGCCUGCCAGCGUGCCAACUCUAUGAGCGACUUGUAUUCCCCCAAAACCCCGAGUGCUACCGUCAACGGAGGCCCGCGAAACGCCUUUGGAGGGUACUGCCGGAAUUUAGUGUCUGACAUCCCGGAUAUUGGGAGCCAUAAGAUGGCAUCAGUUACUGCUGAGGAUACACCUUCCUACAGUAAUUACAAUACACUGCCCUGUAGGAAAUCACACUGCCUUUCCGAAGGGGCCACCAACCCACAAAUUAGCCAUAGUAACAGCAUGCAAGGCAGAAGGGCAAAAACUACUCAGGAUGUCAACGCAGGCGAGGGGAGUGAGUUCACUGACAGUGGCAUCGAGGGAGCAGCCACCGACACUGACCUCCUUUCUAGACGCUCCAAUGCUACCAACUCCAGCUACUCCCCGACGGCCAGCCGGGCUUUCAUCGGCAGCGACAGCGGGAGCAGCUCGACGGGCGAUGGGCUUCGCCAGGGAGUGUACGAGAACUUCCGCCGGGAGCUGGAGAUGAGCACCACCAACAGCGAGAACCUGGAGGAGGCCGGGUCUGCCCUCAGCGACGAGCAGAGCAGCGGGACCCUCAGCUCCCCAGGGCAGUCCGACAUCCUCCUGACGGCCGCCCAGGGCACAGUACGGAAAGCCGGUGCUCUGGCAGUGAAAAACUUCCUGGUGCACAAAAAGAACAAGAAAGUGGAGUCGGCCACGCGCAGGAAAUGGAAGCACUACUGGGUUUCCCUGAAAGGAUGCACGUUGUUUUUUUAUGAGACUGAUGGCAGAUCUGGCAUUGACCACAACAGCAUCCCAAAGCACGCUGUCUGGGUGGAAAACAGCAUAGUGCAAGCGGUGCCUGAACACCCCAAGAAGGACUUUGUCUUCUGUCUCAGCAACUCCCUUGGGGACGCUUUCCUCUUUCAGACCUCUAGCCAGACCGAACUGGAGAACUGGAUCACGGCAAUCCAUUCAGCUUGUGCAACUGCGGUGGCGAGGCAGCAUCACAAAGAGGACACCGUCAAGCUCCUGAAAACAGAGAUUAAAAAGCUGGAGCAGAAAAUUGAUAUGGAUGAAAAGAUGAAGAAAAUGGGUGAAAUGCAGCUGUCCUCAGUAACGGACUCCAAGAAGAAGAAGACCAUACUGGAUCAAAUCUUCGUUUGGGAACAAAACCUUGAACAAUUCCAGAUGGACUUAUUUCGGUACCGCUGUUACUUGGCUAGUCUCCAAGGAGGGGAGCUCCCAAACCCUAAAAGACUACUUGCUUUUGCCAGCCGUCCAACAAAAGUUGCAAUGGGCCGUCUUGGAAUCUUUUCAGUCUCGUCGUUUCAUGCACUGGUGGCGGCUCGCACAGGGGAGGCUGGAGUGAGGAGAAGGACGCAGGCCAUGUCCAGAUCUGCCAGUAAACGGAGAAGCAGGUUUUCUUCUCUUUGGGGGCUGGAUACUACCUCGAAGAAAAAGCAAGGGAGGCCAAGCAUUAAUCAGGUGUUUGGUGAAGGAGUUGAUUCAGUAAAGAAAUCUCUCGAAGGAAUCUUUGACGAUACGGUCCCGGAUGGCAAGAGGGAAAAAGAAGUGGCACUGAGCAGCGUCCACCAGCACAAUCCCGACUGUGAUAUUUGGGUUCACGAGUAUUUUACGCCGUCUUGGUUCUGCCUGCCCAACAACCAGCCUGCUCUGACAGUCAUCCGUCCCGGGGACACCACACGAGACGUGCUGGAAAUGAUUUGCAAGACACACCAGCUGGAUCACUCUGCUCACUACCUGCGUCUUAAAUUCCUGAUUGAAAACCAGAUUCAAUUUUAUGUACCAAAGCCAGAAGAGGAUAUCUAUGAACUGCUCUACAAAGAAAUAGAAGUCUGUCAGAAAAUUACACAGCACAUUCAAAUAGAGAAGUCUGAUGCAUCCUCUGAUAUUUAUGGUUUCUCGCUGUCCUCCGUGGAAGAAGAAGGCAUUCGUCGGCUGUAUGUGAACGGCGUCAAAGAGACAGGCCUAGCUUUCAAGAAAGGCCUGAAAGCUGGCGAUGAAAUUGUGGAGAUUAACAAGAAAGCUGCUGAGGAGCUGGACUCAGCUUUGCUGAAAGAUGCCCUUGUUCAGCCUUCGCUGUGUCUUACCGUCCGCACCUAUCCUGAGAUAGAGGAAGGGCAGAAAUUAAUGCAGCCACCACCGCGUCGCUUGGAAAAUCCAUCUGACUUGAGUGACGGCACGCUGGCGUUUGCUGGGAGCAGCCAAGCAGGGCACUCGCUUUGCGGCGACCCGGACAGCUCUGUUGAGACAGCUCCAGAGGAGGCAGAAGCGCACGACUUGGAGUCAUCUGAUGAGGCCGAUAAGACGAGCAAGAGUACAGAGCAGGUCGCUGCUUUCUGUCGCAGUCUGCAUGAAAUGAACCCUUCUGAUUCAAGUGCUCAUCCUCAGGAAUUUACAGGACCCCAGCUGGCCACCAUGAGACAACUCACAGAUGCAGACAAACUGCGAAAGGUUAUCUGUGAACUUCUCGAGACAGAACGCACCUACGUCAAAGACUUAAAUUGUUUAAUGGAGAGAUACCUAAAGCCUCUACAAAAAGAAACGUUCCUCACACCAGAUGAGCUGGAUGUUCUGUUUGGGAAUCUGACUGAAAUGGUAGCAUUCCAGGUAGAGUUCUUGAAAACUCUUGAAGAUGGAGUAAGGCUGGUUCCAGACCUGGAAAAGCUUGAAAAAGUGGAGCAAUUUAAGAAAGUGUUGUUUUCCUUGGGUGGAUCCUUUCUUUACUACGCCGACCGGUUCAAGCUGUACAGUGCCUUCUGUGCCAGCCACACAAAAGUCCCCAAAGUCCUGGUGAAAGCCAAGACAGACACUGCUUUCAAGGCAUUUCUGGAUGCGCAGAAUCCCCGACGGCAGCACUCCUCCACACUGGAGUCUUACCUCAUCAAACCCAUCCAGCGGAUACUGAAAUACCCUCUCCUGCUGAAGGAGCUCUUUGCUCUGACUGAUGUAGACAGUGAAGAACAUUAUCACCUUGAUGUGGCCAUAAAAACAAUGAACAAAGUUGCCAGCCACAUCAAUGAAAUGCAGAAAAUCCAUGAAGAAUAUGGGGCAGUGUUUGACCAACUCAUAGCAGAACAAACAGGAGAGAAAAAAGAGGUUGCAGACCUUUCGAUGGGGGACUUGCUCUUGCAUAAUACAGUGAUAUGGCUGAAUCCUCCUGCUUCACUGGGGAAAUGGAAGAAGGAACCUGAGCUGGCAGCAUUUGUGUUCAAAACCGCUGUGGUCCUUGUAUACAAGGAUGGUUCCAAACAGAAGAAGAAACUUGGAGGAUCACAUAGAGCUUCAAUUUAUGAAGACUGGGAUCCGUUCCGCUUUCGCCACAUGAUACCCUUAGAAGCGCUGCAGGUUCGAGCGCUGGCAAGUGCAGAUGCAGAGACCAAUUCUGUAUGUGAGAUUGUCCAUGUUAAAUCUGAGUCUGAAGGCAGGCCAGAAAGAACGUUUCAUCUUUGCUGUAGUUCACCAGAACACAGGAAGGACUUUCUGAAGGCAGUGCACUCGAUUCUGCGGGAUAAACACAGAAGACAGCUUCUUAAAACCGAAAGCUUGCCCUCAUCCCAGCAAUAUGUUCCUUUUGGUGGAAAAAGAUUGUGUGCUCUAAAAGGUGCAAGGCCAGCCAUGAACAGGGCAGUGUCAGCCCCAAGCAAGUCUCUUGGGAGGAGGAGGCGGCGGCUGGCCCGAAACAGGUUUACCAUUGACUCAGAUGCCGUCUACACGAGCAGCCCUGAAAAAGAGCCCCAGCAGCCCACGCACAGUGGGGACACUGACCGCUGGGUAGAGGAACAGUUUGACCUUGCUCAGUAUGAGGAGCAGGAGGACAUCAAGGAAACGGACAUCCUCAGCGAUGACGAUGAGUACUGCGAGGCCAUGAGAGGUGCCGUGGCCGACCGAGACCUUCGGGAGCGGCUGCAGGCGGCCUCCAUCACGAGCAGCCAGCCCUGCCGGGAACACCGCCCGCGCCCGGCCAUGGACACGCACGCCUCCAGGAUGACCCAGCUGAAGAAGCAGGCGGCCUUGUCCGGCAUCAACGGUGACGUGGAGGGCCACGGCGAGGAGGUCAUCUGGGUUAGGCGUGAAGACUUUGUCCCCAGCAGGAAACUGAACACGGAGCUCUAAAGCGGUCCUCUUCCCCGCCUGGAUGCGUAGGUCUCCCCGUCCCACCCUCCAUCCCUUCCUCCCUCCCGCCCCCGCACACCGCGGAGAGCUGAUCCCCAUAGAUUGCACACUUGCACACACCAUUUCGGCAGCUGAAUUGGUCCAAAGCCAUGCGGCCACACUUUAGGCAACUGUAAAACGCUCAAAACCUGGAACGGAAUAAGCUUAAGGUCCUGUCUUACGUUACCAAGGGCUUUCACACUAUUUUAUUUAUUCUAAAAUAAUCAGGGGCUGAAAUUAAGUAUGGGGAGAAUAUCAUCACUGGAAAACAAAUUACUCUGGAUGUCUUAACCUGCGUGCGGUGAACUAGCUUAAACAAUAGCACAACGAACAGAGGGUUUUAUAGCCGUAAAACAUCAGUCGUAGGUUCAUCUCCUUAACGAGGAAACUGCCUUUUUAACGUGUACAGUUGCAGCAUUCUUAUUCUUUUCCCUCUUUAAAUGUAAGAGAAUAUACAUGUAUUUUAGGAAUGUGUGAGGAAAGGUUUGGGAUUUAUGUUGUGUUAAGUCCUCUUGGUCUGUGGCUGGUCUAAUUUAAUGUCAAUGUUGGAAGCUCUAGUUUUACAUAAUAUUGUAAAGAUGCCAAACUCUCUUAAAAGAGAUCCAAAUUUAACACUUGAAGAAAUAUUUUUUUGUAUUUUACCUGAGAUGCAGGGGCACAAAGGGAUAAGAGUUUUACAGCGUUAGUGUAGCUCCACGUCUAGGAUACAAGGCUAGCUUUUUGCAGAGGGUUAGGAAUGGUGGUUUUAUAUUAAAAUAUGAACUGGAAACUCUUAUUUAGGUAUAACUUUCUUCAGGAAAAGGAUUAUUGUAUAUGUUUGAGACUGGAGUUUAGUUAGAUAAUAAAAAGAAUAAGAUAAAAUGACAUGACUGAAUUGUAGUGGACCAAACCGAUCCGUGGUGUGACCUCACUGGAGCCGGUGUAGCAACAUCACAGAUCCGUUUGGUCCACUCUCUGGCAGAGUUUGGGCUUAGGGGACAGGGAAUUCAUGGCCAAAAAACUGACCUCAUCCACUCUCCUACUGUGGGUGAAACUAGUGUAUUUUAAUUCCUUUAUAAAAGCUUUUCCACUGCAAUAGAGUAUGAACAAGUUCUACACAAGCAAACCUCUUUAACAUUUUAAAUCUUUUAUUUAAACAUCUAAAACAGGGUAAAAUGUGACUAAAAUCUUGUGGUUUUUAAGUAGACUUCCAAAUACGAAACACAAAAUAGCACUUUUUUUUUUUUUAAGAUUUAUAUAGCUUUUCCCAUUUCAGUUUCACCUAUAGGAAGAAAAGGAAGAAUAUAUGAAAUUUUCUUUUUUGUUGUUGGUAUCUAUUGAUGUUUGACACAUUAGUAGGUACUUUGAAAACCUGAAAUUUUAUAAUAGCUUUAGGAUUAUAUUUUAUAAAAUCCACUCUGACUAUAUUUUAAAACAUAACAAAAAUUAUUCCCCCCAAAAAUCCAUCACUGUCUUUGUGUCCCAGCUAGCAUUCUCCCCUUGCCCCCCCCUCCUCUUUCUGGUUUCUGGUGCACUAUACUUGAGCUUAUGAAAGCUUUCUCUAUUAACUUUUUGCUAUCUUCUGAUUUCUUUUCGUAAAAGCUUUAGAAAGGUUUCUAUACCCUUUGUAUUAUCACGUCAUUGUUUUAUAUCAUCUACCUGUCAGUUGUGUCCCAGCGUAUUAGAGAAGCGGAGGUUUUAGCUGUCCUAUGCUGUACCCAGCGGAAUACAGUCAGCGCUGAAAUACUGGAAGGCUGGUACUGGGAAGGUACCGUUGUUCUUGUACAUAACGUCAUGACAUGUCUAUGUCAAAGGUUCUUAUAUAUUUCUUUUAUAAGCUGAAAGAAGGUCUAUUUUUAUGUUUUUAGUUCUAUGAAUGGAACGUUGUAAAUGCCUGUCAGAAAUAAAAUAC